AUGGACCAAGCCCGCGACCGGCACGGAUUGAAACAGAAAGCGCGCUGCGUGGAGAACGCAUGGAGCUCGAACAAGCCGCAGCGCCUCAUAGCGGCCAGCGACGAGAUUAAGGAGCUGCAGAGGGAGAUCGCGGAGCUCGAGGCCAAGCUCGCCGCCAAGGGCUCAGAGCAAUCCGACAUAAGGAGCGCAACCAUUUCCGCGCCGCCGGAAGCGGCCAAGGCGCCCCUGGCGCCGGGUGCGGCGCCUUCGCCUGCGGCUCCGGGCAGGCCGCCCGCGUUCUCCAAGGCCCUGCACGGCGUGCGCGGCUGCUGCUACGACCUCGACUGA